AUGCCUAGGGGGAAACAGCAACCGCAGGAUCUCGACACCACCACAGAGGGCAGCCAUUCCCAACCCCCUCAAAAAUGCAACAAUCCGAGGCAGACCCCAGAGCACACCCCUGCAGUGACCGAACAGAAGGCAGCCACACCCCGGGGCAGAGGCCGGGUGGGGCCGGCGGCACUCUCACAUCCCUUCGAGCCCAAGCUCCCCGCCCAGGGUUCGCGCACACGAGGUCCUCCUGCGGGCCAGCGGAUCCCAGAGCGGGUCAACCCCGCGGACCCACGCAAGGGCAAGGGGCCGGCCUCGGGGCGGCGUGACAGUCGGCAGCGGGCACCCUCCACCCCGAAACCGGAGCCCUCCGCCACGAAGCCCGAGACCCCCACCAUGGCCCGCGGCGGCAGUCAGAACUGGAGCUCCGGGGAGUCGGACGGCCAGCCGGAGGAGCAGACAUCCGAGGAGAGCGGAAACAAGAUGGUGAAGGAAACCGAGUACUAUGACAUCCUGGGGGUGAAGCCCAGCGCGUCCCCGGAGGAGAUCAAGAAGGCCUAUAGGAAGCUGGCGCUCAAGUACCACCCGGACAAGAACCCGGAUGAGGGCGAGAAGUUUAAACUUAUAUCCCAGGCAUAUGAAGUACUUUCAGAUCCAAAGAAAAGAGACAUCUAUGACCAAGGUGGAGAACAGGCAAUUAAAGAAGGGGGCUCGGGUAGCCCCAGCUUCUCUUCACCCAUGGACAUCUUUGACAUGUUCUUUGGUGGUGGAGGACGGAUGACUAGAGAGAGAAGAGGCAAGAAUGUCGUACACCAGCUGUCAGUCACUCUGGAAGACUUAUAUAAUGGAAUCACUAAGAAACUGGCCCUCCAGAAAAAUAUAAUCUGUGAGAAAUGUGAAGGCAUUGGCGGGAAGAAGGGGUCCGUGGAGAAGUGUCCUCUGUGCAAGGGGCGGGGGAUGCAGAUCCAUAUUCAGCAGAUUGGGCCGGGCAUGGUGCAGCAGAUCCAGACUGUGUGCAUCGAGUGCAAGGGCCAGGGCGAGCGCAUCAACCCCAAGGACCGUUGCGAGAACUGCAGCGGUGCCAAAGUUGUCCGUGAGAAGAAGAUUAUCGAGGUACACGUGGAGAAAGGUAUGAAGGAUGGGCAAAAGAUACUGUUUCAUGGAGAAGGAGAUCAGGAGCCUGAGCUGGAGCCUGGUGAUGUCAUAAUUGUGCUUGAUCAGAAGGAUCAUAGUGUCUUUCAGAGACGAGGCCAUGAUUUGAUCAUGAAAAUGAAAAUUCAGCUUUCUGAAGCUCUUUGUGGCUUCAAGAAGACAAUAAAAACGCUGGAUGAUCGAGUCCUUGUUAUCACAUCCAGGUCAGGUGAGGUGGUAAAGCAUGGAGACCUCAAGUGUGUGCGCAACGAGGGAAUGCCCAUCUACAAGGCCCCACUGGAGAAAGGGAUGCUGAUCAUACAGUUUUUAGUCGUCUUCCCUGAAAAACACUGGCUUCCUCAGGAGAAGCUUUCUCAGCUGGAGGCUCUGCUCCCUGCGCGGCAGAAGGUGAGGAUCACGGAGGACAUGGAUCAGGUGGAGCUGAAGGAGUUCAAUCCCAAUGAGCAGAGCUGGCGCCAGCACAGGGAGGCCUAUGAGGAGGAUGACGACGGGCCACGCGCUGGUGUGCAGUGCCAGACGGCAUGAUGGCGCAGUGUGGCAUGGCCUGCUCGGACUAGUACACGAUGAAUGUAAACGUGGCACAAUGAAAAUGGCAUCGCUUUAAUAGCCUCGUGUUUGGGGUGUCCUGUGUAUGUGUUCAGCAGUCUUCAUUGCUGAGUUGUCUUUGGGUUUUCUUGUUUCUCUUCUAGUUGUAACUUAAGUUAUAGCUUGAUUUAUAUUUAAAUGUUUUAAGUUCAAUCAUGUCUAGUCUGCCUAUGGAAUCUGUUCAUUUGUACUUUCAGGACAUACUCUGGAGAUGCUAGUACCACAUUGACCCUUUGUGCUUCUUAGUGGCUUUGCCAUGGUUCAGUUCCACAGUCGGCCCAGAUAGCAACCCUUGGCCCCUAACAGGCCAAGAAGGUCUGGUCCAUCUCUAAUCUGUGGUUUUUGUCCCUUUCCUCCCUUGGCAAAGUCACCAAAGUAUGAGCUCAGGACUGCUAAUAUUUCUGAAUCUAGACUCUAGAACUCUUAGACAAUAAAAAGCACAUACAUGGCUUGCACUUGGCCCAGCAUGCCUGUUCAUACUGAGUAGGCUGCACUCAAAAGCUGCAGGGCCAGUCUAGCUCCCACUGUCUGUCCCAUGAGUGGUUAAAAAGGGGUUUGUCUAACCAUCUGUCUGGGAAGUUUUCUGAACUUUCCAAGCCUUGUGAUGACAAACCCAUUUUAAAUGAUAAGCCAAUAAAGCCAUCUGCCUGUGACCCCA